CUUUGGAUAGCCUAUGGCUGCCUGUAGUCGGUUGUAGUCUUGGCCGACUGGAGUUGUGUUGUACAAUUUGGGUUCCUUUUAGUGUAUGGGAUUAGAGCAUCGUCAUAGUUAGGUAGAGGGUGAAGAUGGGGGUUGGUGACGAUAUCGCACCACGGUUCACGCAGAAGCCGGUCUUGAAACAGGAAGAUGGCGGCAAACGACUUGUGUUUCAGUGUACGUUGGAGGCCUCUCCAAAGCCCAGCAUACAGUGGUUCCAGGGAACAACACCAGUUCCGGAAUCGGACAGGAUCCGCAUGCGCGUUGAAUCCGCCGGCGGAAGUAAAUACAAUAUUAUGAUGGAUAUAAUUGGUGUCACACAAGCCGAUGCAGGAGCUUAUAAGGUUGUGGCUAAAAACAAACUCGGAGAGGUUUCCGCUUCUAUCAAUCUGAACUUUGGUGCUACACCAGGCCAAAAACAACAAGAUGGAAUUGCUCCAAACUUUAUACAGAAGCCAGUUACGAAACAGGCAGACAAUGGACGUAAACUUUUGUUUGAAUGUCAGCUGACAGCAGACCCUGCUCCCGAGAUCACAUGGUUCAGGGACGAUACUUUGAUCAAGGCUGGUGGUCGAAUCAAAAUCACCACAACUCCACAGGACCAGAAGAAGUAUUUUAUUGUACUGGAGAUUGAUGGAGUUAAUGCAAAGGAUGCAGGAAACUACCGUGUCACAGCUAAAAAUGCUCUCGGAGAAAGCAAUGCUACUAUUAGGCUUAAUUUUGACAGUGAUGAUAAGAAACCACAGGGUCAGAAACCCAUGUUCACACAGAAACCUGUCAUCAAACAGGCAGGGGACAAGAUUGUAUUUGAGUGCAAAUUGACCGCCGACCCCAAGCCCACGAUUGUGUGGCAUCAGGGUUCAAAGCUCCUCAAGGAUGGUGGACGUCAUAAGACGACGGUUAGUGCUAACAAGAACGAUUACACAGUGUGCCUGGAGAUCGCCAACCCAGCCAAGGAAGAUGGCGGCGAGUACAAAGCGGUGGCCAAAAACACCCUCGGAGAGUCAACAGCCACCAUCACGCUCAACUUUGAAGUGACAAAAACUAAGAGUAUAAGUGUAAUGAUGGAAGGAAAGAAAGCAGCAGCCCCAGAAGGAAAGGCUCCCCACUUUCUACAGAAGCCAUCUAUCAAGCAGGAGAAGACCAUGUUGGUGAUGACAUGUAACCUGGAGGCCAAGCCAACUCCCAAGAUUCGCUGGUUCCGUGAGACCCAGGAGAUCACUGCUGGGGGUCGCUACAGUAUAACCCUCACACCCAUGGCAGGCGCCCCUGACAGCUAUACAGCCAUGUUACAGAUUAAGGAUCCUCAGACAGAAGAUGGAGGUUCCUACAAGUGUACUGCAGCCAAUGACCUUGGUGAAUCAAAUGCAAACAUCACCCUCAACUUCCAGGGUGGGGCCAAGCCCAAACCAGCAGGUACGCCACCUACGUUCUCUGACAAACCAGUGGUGAACCAGGAAAACAAAAACCUUGUGAUUGAGUGUAAGUGUACGGCUAACCCUAAACCUGUCGUCACCUGGUUCAAGGAUAGCAGGAUCAUUACACCAAACUUCCGCUACAAAAUGAGGACAGACAACAAAGGAGAUGAGCAUCAGCUGUUCUUGGAUGUCAUGAGUUUCACGGCUAAAGACAGUGGGCAGUACAAGGUCACUGCCAAGAAUGACCAUGGCGAGGGCAAUGCCACCGUCACCGUCAAUCUGGAGGGGUUGAAAAAGAGGACCAAGGAGGCUCCUCCAAUGUUGAAAGGCCCUCCUUCCAUUAAGCUCGAAGAUGGAGGGAAACGUCUUGUCAUGGAGCUUAAGGUUGAAUCUGCAUCCAAGCCUACAGCAAUGUGGUAUUUUGGGAACAAGCCGAUCAAAUCUGGGGGCCGCUACUUCCUGGAUAUACCCCAUGAGGAUGACUGCUACUUCGCUGUCAUGGAAAUCACCAAUCCUUCUGACCUUGACUCAGGAGAUUACAAAUGUGUACUGAAGAAUCCAGGAGGGGAGGCAACUGCAACUGCCAAAGUGAACUUCAAAGCCCUUCAACCAAAGACCCAGGGUGAAGGACCAAAGUUUUCUCAGAAGCUUUCUCCUAAGAGUGCCCUUGAUGGAGAUGCUGUUGACCUUAUUGCCAAGGUGACAGGCACAGAACCAAUGCAAGUCACAUGGUUUAAAGACAAUAAGCCUAUUGCUGCCUCGGAUGUGUACAAAAUCUCCUAUGACAAGGGGACAUGCCGUCUAUACUUCCCUGAGGUGUACCCUGAGGAUGCUGGCAAUUAUCAGGUGGAGGUUAAAAAUGCUGCAGGGUCAGCUAUGUGUAUGGCUAGCCUGUCUGUCAAAGACAACCCACAGCAAGACCAAAAGGCCAAGAAGGACAAGAAACAGGAAGAUCCGAAAGCUAAACAACCUGAGGCAAAGCCUGCCCCUCAGAUCAAGGAGCCUGAGCAACAAGCAUCUAAACCACCAGCUAUCAUAGAACCAGAUGAUAAAAAAGCUAAAAAAGCAGAAGAAAAUGACGAUGGACCUAACAAUGACGAUGGUUAUGAAGCGGACGAUGAUCGUCCAAACAUUCCAGUGAUCAUGAUGGAGGACUAUGAGCAAACAAGUGCUGCAAAGGAUGAUGGAUAUGAGCAGGAGGGACCCAAGAAGGUACCCAAGCCGGGUAAGGUAGAUGGUCCAACCCAUACCUUCGCCAACAAGGUGGAGAAUCAGGUCAUUGUUGAAGGUGACCCUAUCAAGGUUGACCUUCAUAUCAAUGUCCAGGAUGGAGCUGCUUCUCCCGUUGUGCGGUUCAUGAAGGGCAAACGUGAGAUGAAGAAUGACUCGCGCACCAACAUCGUUCAAGAAAAGGCUUCAGCAAAACUUGUAAUGCAAAAAUCAAGAUUUGCAGAUGAGGCCAAGUACACUGCCCAGCUCAUGCAAGAUGGUGUCACCGUGGACGAAAUGACAUGGAGUGUCUUUGUUAAAGAUCCCAAAGACUCCAGCUUGGACUUCAGGAACCUUUUGAAACAUAGGCAAAGCAAGAAGAAGGACAGUACUGAGGAGGAUCCAGACUGGGGCAAUCUCAAGCCAGAUGGCAACUUUGACAAAAAGCGACGUCCCUCACAGAUUGAGAUGAUGAAAGCCAACCUAAAGAAGAUAGAAAAGACAGGAAGUGACAGCGAGGACGAGAAGAAGGAUUCCAGUAGACGCCAGUCCAUGGACAACCUUGAUAUCCCUCUCCCAGUGAUGAAACCCAGCGUAGAUAAACUUGAGGCUAUGGAGCAGCAGCGGCGCACAUCCAUGCAGCAGCGUAGGGCAUCUCUCGUAGACUUAAUCCCCGACUGGCCCACUCUACAGCACAGAGAGGCCAAACGAGAGAGCCUUGCUCAGGUUGUUGAGGAGAAUAAGAAACCAACCCAAGAUUUUCGAUCUAUGCAACUGAAACGUCGGCCCACAAUUAAGGCAGAACCUGACAAGUUCUUGGAGGAUCUUGAAGACAUCAAAACCAUAGAGGGUGAAAAGAUGGUCCACUUCACCUGUGGCUUCUGUAAGCCUAAUGCACAGGUGAAAUGGUUCAAAAACAAAUUGGAGAUCUUCAACGGUCAUAAAUACCAUUUCGAAAAUGAAGAUCAGGAAUAUAUCUUGGAUAUACAGAGUGUGAAACUUGAGGAUGCAGGAAAAUAUACCCUUGAAUGCAAUGGUAUCAAGACAUCAGCUUGGCUCUAUGUUGAAGCUAAGGAGCCUGAGUAUGAUUUCACCCAGAAACUUCCUGCAAAGUACGAAAUCACACGUAUGAAGGAUGGUGUGCUUGAGUGCUUUGUGUCUGACCCAAGGGCAAAAGUGAAAUGGUUCAAGAAUGGACAACCAAUUGAAUACACUCCUGGUAAAAUGGAGAUUCAGCGUCGUGAGAACAGGUGUAUGCUAAAAAUCAUCGAUGCCAACUCUGAAGAUGAGGCUGAGUACACAUGUACCUGUGGUGCUGCUUCGACCUCAUGUAAACUGGCUGUGACAGAACCUGAGUGGGAAUUCAUGAAGAAGUUGGAUGACAUUGAGGCUAUGGAGAGAGAGAAAUGUUUCUUUGAAUGUGAUGUCAGUGACCCAGAGGCCGAGGUCAGGUGGUUCAAAGGAAAAUCGGACAAGGAACUGCCAUCUGGAGGCAAAUACGAGAUCAUAAAGGAUGGAAUGAAGCGUCGCCUAGUGAUUAAGAAUUGUAGCAUGAAGGACGGUGGAAAGUACACAUGUAAAGUCCUGAAUAAGGAAACUACUGGAGAGCUCUUCAUCGAACCUGACAUCAAGUUCUUCAAGAAGCUAGAAGAUAAGAAAGAGAAAGAGAAGGGCACCCUGGUGUUGGAGUGCAAAGCAUCAAAUCCUCACAAUCAACCAGUAAAAUGGCUUCUCAAUGGCAAACCUGUGGACAAGGAUGAUUCACGAGUAGAGAUCACCAAGAAGGGAGAACAGAACAAGUUGGUCGUCAAAAACCUGAAGCAGGAAGAUAGUGGUCAAUACACAUGCCAGGUCGGAGAACGACCCUGUCGUUGUAAUGUUACAGUUGAGGAACUACCCAAACCACCGAAGGUUGAUCCUGCAUUUAUCCCAGAGGAGAUUGUGGUGAAGAAAGGCGAAACCAUUGCCAUGGCUAUUCCUUUUAUUGGCACACCCAAACCAUUUGCCUCCUGGAAGAAGGACGGUACCGCUCUGAGCGAGGCUGACACUGACAUUGAGACAGCUGACAAAGUCGCCAAGCUUAACAUCCCCAAUGCCCAGCGCACAGACACUGGCGAGUAUGAACUUACCCUCACUAACGAGGUUGGCACUGAGGUCAUACCCAUCAACGUCAGAGUCCUUGAUGUACCUGGCCGACCCCAGGGUCCCCUGGAUGUGGUGGAUGUUUACAGCGACCGCUGUGCCCUCUUGUGGGACCAUCCUAAGGAGGACGGUGGUUGUCCAAUUAAGCAUUACAUUGUCGAAAUGAAGGAUGCAGAGAAAGAUUCCUGGGAAGAGGUCUGUACUACAGAGGAUCUGGAGAUUGAUGUUGCCGACCUCAAACCAGGUCAUCGCUACCAGUUCAGGGUGAAGGCUGUUAAUGAACAGGGUGUCAGUGAACCACUCACGGCUGAUGGAGAGAUUAUUGCUAAAGAUCCAUGGGAUCCCUCAGAUCCCCCAGGUGAUCCAUCAAUCCUUGACUAUGACAAAGACUAUGUUGAGUUAGCCUGGGCUCCACCCAAAAGUGACGGAGGAGCUCCCAUUGAGAAAUAUGUGAUUGAGAAGAGAGAAAAGGGGAAGGAUAACUGGGAAAAGGGUACAGAAAUACCUGGCAACGAGUGCCAGGGAACAGUAGAGGGUCUAGUGGAGGGCAAAGACUACGAGUUCCGUGUGAUGGCCAAGAACAAGGGCGGCUUGUCUAAACCCAGUAUCGUAUCACCUCCAGUGACAACCAAGGCCAGACGAGUAAAACCAAGGAUUUUGGACAAAGACAAGUUGUCGACAGUGCGUGUCAAGGCUCCAAAGGACUUUGCCAUGACUGUAGAUUAUGUUGGCGAGCCAGUGCCAGAGGUCAAAUGGACCAGGAAGUUACUGGAUGAUAAGAUUGAGACUGUUGAGGCUGGAGGUGAUGUGGUUGUCAACAACGACGUGCCCAAGAAGUCCACGAUUAACUACAAGAAGACGGUUAGGAAGGAUACAGGCAUGUACACAUGCACUGUGGCCAAUAAACAUGGCUCAGACUCUGUCACUGUGGAAGUGGUCGUUCUUGCACCUCCAUCCAGGCCUGAAGGUCCACUGGCUGUCAAGGAUGUCACGAAGGACAGUGCGACACUUGAAUGGAAAGCACCAAAGGAUAAUGGUGGUAAUGAUAUCAAAGGUUACAAAGUUGAGAAGUUUGACACCAAGAAGGGUCGCUGGGAACCAGUGAAGGAUCUAGUUAAAGGCACCAGCCUGACUGUUCCCAAAUUACAGGAAGGCCAUGACUACAAGUUCAGGGUAUUAGCUGUCAGUGAUAAUGGAGAAAGUGAACCUCUGGAAACCGAAGAACCUGUCACAGCCAAGAAUCCAUUUGAUGAACCCUUCCCACCUGGCCAGCCCCAAGUUGCCGACCAAAACAGGGACCACAUCACCAUUAAGUGGGAACCACCAGAGAGUGAUGGUGGCAACCCAAUCAAGGGCUACAAUGUUGAGAGAAAAGAACCAAAGAGCAACCGCUGGGUCAAGGUCAACAGGGACCUCAUCAAGGAAUUAGAGUUUGAAGAUGCUAAGGUAGUUGAUGGAAAAGAGUAUGAAUACAGGGUGAUGGCUGUGAAUGAGGCCGGCAGCUCCGAGCCGAGUGUGGCUUCUAAACCCAUCUGUGCUAAGCCUACCAAAGAGGCUCCAAAGGUCAACUUGGAUGCCCUGUUUGGUACUAAGGAGAUCCGUGUGAGAGCGGGUGAGCCCCUCAACAUCAAACUGGGGAUCUCUGGAGCCCCAACCCCUACCGUUACCUGGCAGAAGGACGGCCGUCCUAUUUCACCUAGGGCGGCAACUUCCAAUACUGAGGAUUCUGCCAAAUUGAAUGUUCCUAAAGCAGAGAGAGGUGACACAGGAAAAUACACUGUCACCGUGUCCAAUGAAAGUGGCACUCACUCCGCUGACAUCCCUGUCGUUGUCCUGGACGCACCUGGAGCGCCAGGUGGACCUCUUGAGGUCAGUGAUGUAUUUGCAGAAAGCUGCCAGCUUACAUGGAAGAAACCAGAGGACAAUGGUGGUGCAGAUGUCACAGAUUACAUUGUUGAGAAGUGUGAGGAAGGCAGCACCACAUGGGAAAAGGUUCCAGGCAUUGUCAAAGGCACCUCCCACCCUGUCAAGGGGCUGAAGGAGGGAAAGAAAUAUAAGUUCCGUGUAAAGGCUGAGAACAUGUACGGGGUUGGUGAGCCUCUGGAAACGACCAAGUCUACAUUGGCCAAGAAUCCUUAUGAUACACCUGAUGCACCAAAGGAUUUACAGAUACCAAAGUAUGACCGAAGGUCAGCUGAUCUCACAUGGAAGGCACCCGAAAAUGAUGGUGGCAACCCUAUCAAAGGUUAUAUUGUUGAGAAGAAACCACGAGGAGGUGACUGGAUCCAAGUCAACAAUUUCCCUGUAAAGGACACACAGUUCUCUGUGAUGAACUUACAGGAAGGCCAGGAGGUAGAAUUCAGGGUCAUGGCUGUCAAUGAGGGUGGAGCGGGCAAACCAAGCAAAGCCACUCCCCCACAUCUGGUGCGGGACCAAGUCUUUGCUGCUGGUGCCCCCGCUGCUCCAAACGUGGACAAAAUCACCAAGAACUCUGUCGACCUGUCCUGGAAGAAACCCAGCAACGAUGGCGGUGGUAAGAUCACUGGCUACAUUGUGGAGAAGAAGAAGGCCGGAGAAGACUGGAAGGAGUGCGCCGAGGUGGAUGGUACUUCCUGUACCAUACCAAACCUUACAGAAGGGGACGAGGUUCAGUUCCGUGUAAUCCCUGUCAACGCUUUCGGACCGGGCGAGGCCAGUAAGCCGACCUCAGUAAUAAAGGUUGAGAACCAGCCAGAAAAGCCUGCGUUUGACAUGUCCGGAGUAAAGGACGUCUGUGUGAAGGCCGGUCAGACCAUCAGCAUCAAGAUUCCCUACACAGGGUUCCCAAAACCAACUGCAACCUGGGUCAAUGGUGACACUGACAUUGAGGAAGAUUCCCGUACUGAUCUCAAGGUUAAGGACGAUCAUGUCCUUUUGACCACAGCCAGUGCUAAGAGGUCAGAUACUGGACGCUACAAGGUCACCUUGAAGAAUCCAUCUGGCUCAGAAUCUGCAACCAUUGGUGUAAAAGUCCUUGAUAAGCCAGCUCCCCCAACUGGUCCACUGACUGCUUCAAAUAUCAAUGGAGACGAGUUGACGUUGAAGUGGAACCCUCCCAAGGAUGACGGCGGUGAGCCUGUCAAUAACUACAUUGUGGAGAAACGUGUUGAUGGUACUGAUAAGUGGAUAAAGGUCAGCAGCUUCCUCACAACACCCCGUUGUGUGGUCAGGAAUCUCGACCCUGGUACCAAGUACGAAUUCCGUGUGAUGGCUGAGAACAACAACGGGGUCAGCAAUGCACUGGUCACUGAUGAGGCUAUCUUGGCCAAACUACCUUUCGACACACCUAGUGCUCCAGGGACCCCCAAGUGUACUGGUACUACAGAGGAUUCCAUCAGUCUCUCCUGGACGCCACCUCGCCGUGAUGGAGGCAACCCUAUCCGUGGCUACAUCGUGGAGAAACGUGAGAAGGGAGACGACAAGUGGACUAAGGCUACUUAUGGAGAGGUUGCUGAUAAUGAAUGCACAUGUAAAGGCCUUCAGGAUGGUAAGGAGUACGAGUUUCGUGUGGCUGCUGUCAAUGACGCUGGGCCUGGCGAUUUCGCUAUGACUUCUGAUGCCAUCAUGGCUAGGGCACCUCCAGUGGCUCCUAAGGUCAGUCCUGACUACAUUCCUCGUGACGUCAUUGCCAAGGCCGGAGAGGAGUUCAAGAUCGUAAUCCCAUAUCUAGGAAACCCUACCCCUAAAACUACCUGGAGCCUGAGUGGCGUUAGCGUGCUGGAGGAUAGCCGUAUCAAAUUUACAAAUGACCCCACUGAGGUCAAGCUUGUCAACAAAUCUGCCAAGAAAAGUGAUGCUGGAAAGUACAACAUUAUGCUGCAGAACGAGAAGGGCUUUGACUCGCUCUACGUCAAUGUCAUCGUUGUUGACGCACCAGGUAAACCAGAAGGUCCUCUGGAGGUGAACGACAUCACACCCGACUCCUGUAAGCUGACAUGGUACCCACCCAGGGAUGAUGGUGGUAGCCCCAUCACCAACUACCGUGUGGAGAAGAUGGACAAGAAAUAUGGUAACUGGGAAAGUGUUAGCAAGUUUGCUCGUGGCACAAGUUUCGAAGUAAUGGACCUUGUUGAAGGUCAUGAAUACUGUUUCCGUGUCAUGGCAGAAAAUGAACAUGGAGUGAGCGAGCCUUUGGAGACAGCCACAUCAGUUAUUGCUCAACAUCCAUACACCGCUCCUGACUCUCCUGGCAAGCCAACUGUUGAGGAUGUGGACGAGGAUUCAGUCACACUCAGCUGGUCGAAACCAAAAAGUGAUGGUGGAAAGAAGAUCCAGGGUUACAUUGUAGAAUAUCUUGAUCCUUACUCUGGAAGGUGGAAGGCUGCCAAUGAUCUGCCCUGUUCAGAUACUACAUUCACAGUGCCUGGACUAAAGAAAGACAAGGAGUAUGAAUUCCGUGUUAGAGCAAAGAACGUGGCUGGUCUUGGAGAACCUAGUGCUGUUAUUGGCCCUGUUGUGCCCAAACCCAAGUAUGGCAAGUCAGGACCACCAGGCGUUCCUGUGCCCUCUGCUGUUGGCCGCACUAUAGAUCUCAAGUGGGAUCCACCCACUAAUGACGGCGGUAGUAAGGUUACAGGCUAUGUGAUUGAGAAAAAACCAAAGAACUCUGACACAUGGACCAAGGCCAAUAACUUCAAUGUGCGUGAACCAUACUUCACCAUCAACGAACUUCCAGAAGGAGAGGAGUUCGAGUUCCGUGUGGCGGCCAUUACUGCUGCUGGAGUUGGAGAGUACAGUCUGAACACAGCACCAAUCAAAAUCAAGGAGCCCGUCGUUGGAUCACCUGCUGAAUUCACCAAGAAGCUGUACAAUGAGAAGGCACCUCUGGGAGGGGAAGUCACCUUCUCCAUCCAGACACACGGCAAGCCGUUGCCUGAAGUCAGCUGGUAUAAGAAUGGUGUCCCUAUUGGUAACACCAGCCGCACCAAGCUCACACAGAAGGAUGAUGUCUUCAUGUUCACACUUUCUGAUGUUGGAGAAAGCGAUGCUGGAGAAAUCCGAUGUGAAAUUUCAAAUAACACAGGACGUGAAGCCUGUUCCUGCCAGCUCGCUGUCAUGUCUCCUCCCAAAAUGGAGAAAUCACUACCAGACAAACAGGUGGAACUUGGAGACCAGUUCAAGCUUAAGAUUCCAUACAGCGGAACUGGACCAUUUGAGAUCAAUGUUUUGAAAGAUGGACGUGAAUUGAAAGAAGAUGGCCGUGUGAAGAUCACAGAGUUUGAUGACUAUGUUGUGUUAGUUCUUAAAGAAUCUGUGGAGGAUGACACAGGAUCAUACCAGGUUAAGGUGUCUAACCCAAGUGGAGCUGCAAGUACAAGCUUCAAGCUGGGAGUUGUCAGUGCCCCUGGAUCCCCAACUGGACCCUUGGCAGUGUCAGACAUAACAAAGAACACAUGCAGUCUUUCCUGGAAGCCCCCAAGGGAACUUGGCGGAGGAAAAUUAUCACACUAUGUGGUGGAGAGACAGGAGAUGGGCAAACCCUACUGGGUCACUGUAUCCUCUCGUUGUAAGGAUACUAAACAAGAUGUUCAAGGACUGUUUGAGAACAACCAGUACUUGUUCAGAGUGUCAGCAGUCAAUGAGUUUGGACAGUCUGAACCUCUCAAAGCUGAAAAUCCCAUCAUUGCUAAGAUGCAGUUUGAUGCCCCAGGAUCACCAGGCGUACCUGAGGUCACUCAGGUUGGUGGAGACUUUGCCAGUCUGUCCUGGGAUAAACCCCACUCUGAUGGUGGUGGUCGUAUCCUUGGAUAUUGGGUAGAUAAGAAAGAACACCGCACGGACAACUGGACUCGAGUCAACAGUCAGAUCUGUCCCACCAACAUGUUUAACGUAUCCAACCUUAUUGAGGACAAGCAAUAUGAAUUCCGUGUGUUCGCUGAGAAUGAGGCUGGCUUGAGUAAGCCUUCAAUGGCAUCUACUAGUGUAAAGAUCAAGGAUCCUGAUGCGGCUGUAUUACCAGAAUUUGUCCAUCCUCUGAGGAAAAGUCAGUGUGUUGCUGGAAAGACGGCCAGAUUUGAAGUUGAGGUUACUGGCACUCCUAAACCAGAAGUUACUUGGUUUAAGGGAAGCCGUGAGAUCUAUGAAAGUGACAAGUAUGAAAUCACAAACGAUGGAAACAUCUACUCAUUGGCCAUCAGGGAUGUGUUUGGAGAGGAUCAGGAUGAAUAUUCUGCUCGUGCUAUAAACAAAGGAGGUUCACGCAGCUCCAGAGCUGACCUGGAAAUUAGAUCUCCACCCAAGGUCAAUGUGCCAGCUAGGUUUAGAGAUGUCAGUACAUUUGAGAAGGGAGAGCCAGUUGUUCUAAAGAUUCCAUUUACUGGUAACCCAAAACCAUCUGUACGGUGGGUACGUGACGGUCAGGAUGUACGAGGUAAAGACUACACACAGGAGGUAGGGGAGAGACAUGCUGUCCUCACUAUCAACCACGCCACUAAGGAACACGACGGACCCUUCAGGAUCGUCCUUGAAAAUGACCUUGGCUCUGAUGAGGCUGUAAUUAAAAUACAAGUUAAUGAUCGCCCUGAUCCUCCACGCUUCCCUGUUGUGGAAAAUAUCCGUGAGGAUUCUGUUGUGUUGUCAUGGAAACCUCCAAUGAACGAUGGUGGCAGCUUUAUCACUGGUUACGUUAUCGAGAAGUGUGAACCUCCAGCACAGCACUGGGUCCGCAUAGCAAGUACCAGAAUGGCAUUCCAUAAUGUGACGAGCCUUCAGAGUAACAAGGAGUACCAGUUCCGCGUGGCUGCUGAGAAUCUGUACGGACUCAGUGAACCCUGUGAGCCUACAGCUACGAUUAAAACUGAUGAUAUUGAGUCUAAAAAGAAGAAACAAAUGGAAGAUGAGUUUGGUAGAAAGAUCAGAGGGAAAGGACCAAAGAUUGCUGACUACGACAGAUUUUAUGAAGAUUUAUGGAAGAAAUAUGUGCCCCAGCCUGUCACCGUAAAACAGGACAACAUAUAUGAUUACUAUGAUAUCCUGGAGGAGCUGGGAAGCGGAGCAUUUGGUGUUGUCCAUCGAUGUGUCGAGAAGAAGACCGGACGUGUAUUUGUGGCCAAGUUCAUCAACACUCCUUAUCCCCUUGACAAGGCUACUGUUCGUAAUGAAAUUAACAUCAUGAACCAGACCCACCACCCCAAACUCCUCACUCUCCACGACGCUUUCGAGGACAAAUAUGAGAUGAUUCUUGUCCUGGAAUUCCUUGCCGGAGGUGAGCUGUUUGACAGGAUUGCCGCUGAUGACUACAAGAUGAACGAGGCUGAAGUUAUUAACUAUAUACGACAAGUGUGUGACGGCCUACGACACAUGCAUGAGAACAGCAUCGUCCAUCUUGACAUUAAGCCAGAGAAUGUUAUGUGUGAGACAAAGAAGAGCACAGGGGUGAAGAUCAUCGACUUCGGUCUCGCCACCAAACUCAACCCUGAUGAGAAGGUGAAGGUCACUACAGCCACCGCUGAGUUUGCUGCCCCUGAGAUUGUAGACCGGGAACACGUAGGAUUCUACACUGACAUGUGGGCUGUCGGAGUGCUGGCAUACGUCCUGCUGAGUGGGUUAUCUCCCUUCGCUGGUGAAGAUGACCUGGAGACGUUACAGAAUGUGUCAAUGUGUGAUUGGGAGUUUGCUGAGGAGGCAUUCUCUUCAAUCUCACCUGAGGCAAAGGACUUCAUUAGGAAACUCCUCAUCAAACAACCUACGAGGAGAAUGACUGUACAUGAGUGUCUGGAUCAUGCCUGGCUCAAGGGAGACCUGAGUGAUCGCCAGACCAGGAUUCCAUCAAGUCGCUAUGAUAAGAUCAGAGCCAGAAUUGCUCAACGCUAUGCUGAUUGGCCAGCCCCUAUGCCUGCUAUUGGCCGCAUUGCCAACUACAGCUCAUUGAGGAAACACAGGCCAAAGGAGUACAACAUCUUUGAUGCUUACUUUGACCGCAAGGAGGCCAUCCCCAAAUUUAUUCGUCGCCCGAGGAAUGUGGUUGUUGGAGAGAACCAGUCAGCAAGAUUUGACACUAAGGUCAUCGCAGCGUCUCCGCCUAUCAUCACCUGGCAUUUCAAUGACCUUCAGCUGACCCAGAGUGUCAAGUACAUGCAGAAAUACCUAGGUAAUGAAUAUCAGCUCAAGGUUAGCCGUUGUAAGGGAGAAGACAAGGGAGAGUAUACUGUGAUUGCACAAAACUCCUUCGGACGUCGCGAGGAGAAGGCCAGUCUGUCUGUGGAAUCCAUGCCCUCAAUACUACCAUUGACUCCCAGCAGGAGUACUACCCCGAUGAGAAGGAUGUCGCGAGCGAUGUCUGAGCCUCCAGAGCCACCAAAGGAUGAACCACCCAAAUUCAGUUUCGACCUUCGACCUCGUCUCAUCCAGUCAGGAGGUGAUUUCAAACUGAUCUGUUGUGUGCAGGCUCAGCCACAGCCCAAGGUGACCUGGUACAAGAAUGGGGUUGCUUUAGUGAAAGAUCGCCAUUAUUCAAUUUUCUACUCCACUGGAGUAGCCUCCCUUGAAGUGCUGUCUGCCCGUGUAGACGACACAGGACGCUACACCUGUGAGGCUAUCAAUGAUCUAGGAAAGGUCGAGACAAGCUCCAAGGUCACAGUGGAAGACCUAGCUUGCCAUGAAGAUACCACCAAGGGCUCCACUCUAACUUCAUCCACCUCUCGGAUGGUGAGGCGGACAGCUGGGGGUCACGGUACAGAGGAGUCAAGUAGCUACUACAGCGAAAGCUCCUCUUCUAAUGUGACCUCGACCUCAAGGUCAUCCCGGCGCGUCAUCGAGGAAGUGUCUGAGGAUUCCAGCUCAUACUCAUCCAAACGCAGUGAGAGAAUGAAGGCCAGAGAAGAAGCACCAUCAUUUGAGGAAAACUUGGAAGCUCAAAUUCUGAAUGAGGGUGACCGCCUGAAAUUCUCCUGUACUGUCAAAGGAAAGCCUGAGCCAGAGGUUGAAUGGUUCCUCGAUGGACAGAAGCUGAAGAGCGACUCCCUAGUGUCAAUCAAAAAUGUGGGAGGUAUAUGUACACUGACCAUAGCCUCAGUGUCUGUGGACGACCAAGGCACAUAUCUCUGUAAGGUGACCAAUACAGCUGGCACAUCCUCAUCCAAAGCCACACUACAAGUCAAUGCGAGUAAGAAGGAAGAAAAAUCGGUAUCAGUUGAACCUCCCAGGUUUUUGAGCCAUCCCCUUGGUAGAUGUUUGGUUGAUGGCGAUGCUACUAGACUGGAGUGUAGAAUUUCUGGUAGUCCAGAGGUAACUUGGUACAGAGGCAAGGAAAAAAUAGUGAAUUCUGAAGACUUCCGAUAUGAGAAUGCAGAUGAUGUAUACAAACUAAUUAUAGUAGAGGUGUUUCCGGAGGACAGUGAUAUAUAUAGAAUUGAUGCGAAAAAUUCUGCGGGAACUGCCUCAAGUAGUUUCUCAAUCAGAGUCGAUGUACCUGAGGAACCGCCUGUUGGUCCUGUGUUCCAAUCAUUCCCUCACUCACAAAGUGUAGAUGAGGGCAAAUCCGUCCAGUUUUCUUGUCCAAUAGAAGAUGCUGAAACAGUUUUAUGGAGCAAAGAUGGUAGAAUAUUAGAUGACACAGGUAGAUUCAAAAUCAGCCAAUCAGAAACCAAUUAUAGUUUCGAAAUCCCUGCCGCCCUGGUAACAGAUUCUGGUGUCUAUUGUGUGGAGGCAAAGAGUGCUAAGGGUUCUACAAAGGGAAUCUUCACCCUGAGUGUUGCUGUAAGUUCCUCACCAUGUGCAGACAUUGAUGUACUACAGCUUAUUAAGAAGGCAAUGCAGUGAAGAUUGCAGUAGACUAUAAGCAAGCCAUAACCGACGUUUACGUUCAUUGUGAUAAAAUUUCAUAAACUGGUGGACAGUCAACCCUAACAACGACCAGUGGUACAUUAUUACAUGUUGUCCAAUCAUGAAUUGCAAAGUUACGCGUGGGAAUUAACUCAUCAUAUGAAACUUCUGUAACUUUGUUUAUGCAGUCAAAAAGGAAACAAGGAAGUAAGUUUUCAUUUAGCUGCUGUGCCAAAUGCUAAAUUAAAAUUGUGGAAUCACAAAAAUUAUUUAAAAAAAGAUCAGCGACAAGUACAGUUAUCUGGUCAAAUUGUCAGGUGACUAGUGGAGGUAUAAAUGGACUGAUCAGACUCUACAAAUACAAAAAGUUUGGUGUGGUCUUGAUUUGUGAGUUGUGCUUUUAUUAACAUAUUGAUUCGUUAAUCCUCAAAACUGGAUCCAAUUUAAACACUGAAGUGUGCCAUCAAAGGACACAGGAGUUUAAAGAUAAAUGGCCUUAGUCAUUUGAAGAGAAGGACGAUUUUCACUUAAAUUUUUAUUAAGGAAUGUUAAGUGGUAUUGGGAGCGAUAUUAAUAUACAAAAAUUAUUUUAUUUAUUUUGAAGUUUAAAAUAACACUCGUUUAAGUCAGCGAAUUAUAAUCAGGUUUUUUAUUGUUUAUUUGUCCUAUGUGUUUAUUUCAUUCUUUACUUUGAUAGUUAAUCGGUGAUAUAUUUAUAGUUCUAAUUGUUGGUUCAUUGGACAUUUCAGUCCAUAUAUAAGUUUUUUCAGGAUAUUAAUAUACACAUUAUACAGGACUACGAGUCCUGCCAUAUCAGUUAUUACUAUGACAAGAUGUGUUCGGUCAUUGUACACUGUGCAGCCCACAGCAUUAAACCAUGAUGCAUGAUGUCGCAUCACAAUUUCUGAGGAGUAUUUCUUUGUUAACCAUAUUAAACUUUGGUGUGCGUGGUCUUUCUUGGCUAAUAAUAAACACAUAUUUCCUGUUAUAUUUGCUCUUUUGUGGUCUCUUGUCUAUUUACAUGCUGGACACAGGUUAUGCUUGCCCUAUUUUGUGAUAUCGACACUUUACCAAAGAUUUCGGCUAAUUAAUGAUAUUGAUAGUUAACCAUGGGUUUGGGCUAUUUCAUGAUAUUGACAAAAACUUGUCUUUUGAGUCUACCAUGUUUCUAAACGUUCUCGUAAACUUGAUCUGUGCUACAGUGUAUUUAACUAAAUUUAUUGACCUGUGAAUUUCAGGUCGUUCAGUUUUGUAGGAAUUUAUCAACCUGAAUUCAAGUGGUCUAAUGGGUUGUGUUAAACGUUAGUGUUAUGUUAGUGACGAUAUCCAACCUGUUUACGGCCCUCUUUAUUGAUAGCCAUACGUUCCAAUGAAGUUUGAUCAAAAUCAUGAGAAACAAUUGUGACUUGUGAUGCGACAUCAGUUGCAGAACAGUUUCAUGUAAAACCAAAUAAAGUACAUUGGUGGUGACGUGUUAAGACAUGGCAUGUCCACUAGAACAUUUAGUCCAACAAAAAAUCACAAAAACACUUAAAAAUAACGUUAUUAUUCAAACUGUUUUUAAAGUUCAAAAUUUAAAAAACAGGAUAUCUAGGUAGUGAUUUAAUUUUUACUGAACACACUGAUAUUUUAGUUAGAUGUUACAAUGCAGCAUUAGGGUUUAGGAAGUAGCUGUAAGCAGUGGACUUGUCAUGUGUUAACACACCACGAUUAUAUAACAUAUACUCGUAAGCCUUUACUUACCCCUUCUAAAGCUUCUCUAAAGCUCUUCUGCUCGUCCCACGUUUAUCAAAAACCAAGACACCCUGCUUGUAUUAAAUCUUCAACAGUCAUUUGAAAUAAAAGCUAAUUUCUACAUUG